AUGGCAUCCUACAAGAAGGUCGCUCUCCUCGGCAAAGGCCACCUGGGAAGCGCGGUGCUCCAUGGCCUAGUUGAAGCCGGAUUCGACGUUUCUGUCCUGAGCCGAGACGUGUCUGGUCUGAAGGACCUUCCGUCCGGCGUCAAGGCCGUGCAGGUAGACUACUCCUCCGAGGACAGCAUCGUCGAGGCCCUGCGGGGCCACGAUGCAGCCGUCUCCACGGUCGGAUUCGGGGCCCUCAUCAACCAGGAACCGGUAAUCGAGGCCUGCAUCAAGGCAGGUGUGAAGCGCUACAUCCCCGCUGACUGGGGCACAACCACGACCGACCCCGAUGCGCGGUCGCUGCCAAUCAACGCCCCGUUCGUUCGCGUCCAAGAUCUGCUCAAGGAGAAGGCUGCUGCCGGCCAGCUCGAGUGGACCAUCUUCUCCAUCGGGGCCUUCCUGGAAUACGUCGUCGACUACAACUUCGUCCUCGACCCCCAGAACCACUCGAUUGACCUCUACGAUGGUGGGGAGCACAGCUUCAGCUCCACCAGGAUCGCCACCAUCGGCAAGGCCGUCGCCAGCGCCCUCAAGAUCCCCGAGAAGACCAAGAACCGCAACCUGUUCGUCCACGACGUUGUCCUGACCCAGGCCAAGGUCCUCGCGAGCGCCAAGAAGUAUACCCCCGGGGUUGAGUGGAAGGUGACUCGGCUCAAUAGUUCCGAGGAGCUUGAACGCGCUAUCAAGGAUAUAGCGGCGAACCCGACCGAACGGAAAUUCGCCUAUGCUGUUCUCAAGGCUUCCAUCCUGGGAGGCAAGUUCCGCGCUUCCUAUCCCGAGGUGGACAACGAGCUCCUGGGGCUCCCUCUCCUGUCCGAUGAGGAGAUUGAUAAGAUCUUUGCUGCCAGGUUCCAGAAGGCCUGA